CGUUUGCGUCUUAUUGACUUUGUGCUUUUCCGCAAUUUUCGGUCAGAGAAUGACGAAAUAGUUGUGCAUUUCGCCAUGCUAAUAUAUAUUUGUCGGUGAAAGUGGCUCAUAUAAAAUGGCCUCUGCUGGAGAGAAAGACGGGCUUAUCAGCAAACAUUCUCCACGAAACGAUGAAGGUCGAAGCGAGGGGAACCACAAACUCCAUCGUCGAGCGGCAAAGUCUCGAUCUUAUAGGUACGUUUUAACACUUUCACAUCGUUUACCGUAGUUAUCAGUGAUUUUACAGCGCGAAUAUUGAACUCAAAUUCCACAGGAAAUAAUUUGCUUUGAUUGUUUCUCGUUAUAUUAUUGGUUUCUUCGUUCAUGCUGUGCUGUUCUGUGUUAACUCUGGGUCCAAUUUGACUUCUAGUUUCAAGGUCUUGAUUUUGCAGGGUUCAUGUUAAAAUUAACGACUUGCUAACGGAUGAAUAAAUAUUUAAUGAUGGAUCUUUAGGUUAUGGGGUGUGAAUGCAACUUUUGAUGGUGUGAAACUGUUAGAAAUUUCUGUUGUGUUUUGAGAAUUUAUAUCGAUAUAAAUAAGAAUUUAGCUAUAUUCUUCUGCGGCGAACAUUCAUUGAAUCAAAAUUCCGCUAGAAUCUUCGAUUGUGAUUUAUUUUUCCUUUUAGUCGCUUGAUUUUUGGUAGUAGAACGGUGACCUAAUCAUUAAAAGAAAGCUGUUUUUUUAUCAAAUAAAAAAAUCUUGACUCAUAACUUGGUAAUUAUUACUUCUUAGGCAAGUCAUUCGACGUUCGGUAAUAGCUUAGAAUAUUUCCUCUACCUCUAACUUGUACUUCUCCAGGAAAGCUUGUCUCGCCAUUCAUCUUAUUAAAAAAAUCGAAUUCCGUUCCAAGGGCAUGGACUUUUACAUCGUAUCAGCGAAGAUAUCACUUAAGCUCAUACCUUCAACUUGUCAAAAGCCUUUGUACUGUAAGCUUAGUAUUCUAUGUGAAAGAGAAAGCAAUGAUAUGUAUUUUAAUGUUUAACUUUUGUUUAGCAAACAAAGCGAGCAAUGGUAUCGUCUCGGUGAUUUUAUUAUAAUAAGUUGUUCGACUUUGAAAAUAAAGAGGUCGGUUAUUACUGUUGGACGUUAAUACUAAAUGCAAAUCAAAAGUUAGUUUUCUCAAUAACUGAAUCACGUUUUUGUAUUAAAUUCACGGACUUUAUAUAUUUGCAUAAAGUAAUUCAGAGCCAUUAGCAACAGUAGAUAAAACCGUUCUACGUUCAAUUAGGAACAUAGUGUGGUGUCUUUUCUAUGAAAAUACAGCUAUCCUGUGGAAAAAUAAAUAAUACCAAAUUUUACAAAAAUGCUUUCAUGGGCAGUAUUCCAAAACUUAGUGUUCUCUUAAUACUAAUUUUCAAAUUAAAAAUGUUUGAAGAAGUUGUUGAUUCUAAUUCUAAAGAGAAUUUUUAUACCUGCCAAUUUUUUCUGAGUAAAGUGCGUGAGAUUUUUGUCUUGUCAUUACUGGGGUUUCUAAGCAACUUCCGAGGAAGACUUUGGAACAUUGCCCAAAAUGUCGGAAGAUGUUCAGACAGCCUUUGAGCACUUCUGACACUUUAAAUAAAUAGGCAGCAAUUUUAGGGUCGAGAUACAAAUGAGACACAAGGUUAACAUUAAGCACCUUUUUGGAAGUAUUUGUAAUGGUAACAGGACUGAGUGAUUAACAAAAUCGGAUGACCGCGUGGCGGAGUCCGAUUUGAGUAUGAUUCAAGUUCUGUUACCAAUUAAUCAUAACUUUAACAAAAUUUGUGAUAUAAUAGGCUAUUUUUAAAUCAAAAACACAAGAAACUCGAAAUUUUGUUUUGCUAGCAGUGAAAAAAAAAAAAAUCAUACAGUGAUUAACAUCAAACUGUCGGAGGGCAGUUGAUAGCCAAUCAGAUUUGAGAAUUUUAUUAUAGUUAUGAUUAGUAAUGGUAACGGAGUCCGAUUUGAUUAACAAAAUCACGGAGUAUGAUUACAGACCGAAUAUGGACAGACCGAAUUGGACGACGAAGUUCUGUUACCAAUUAAUCAUAACUUUAACAAAAUUUGUGAUAUAUAGGGCUCUUUUUAAAUCAAAACACAAGAAAUUCCAAGAGUUUUUCGCUAGCAAUAAAAAAAAAGCCAUUUAAGCGCGCGCGUGAUGGUGCGUACUGUCCAAUUACUUAGGCAUGACGCGUACUGUCCUAUUAAACUGUCCUAUUAAGGCUGAAAUCAGGGCAGUUGAGAACCAAUCAGAUUUGAGAAUUUUGUUAUAGUUAUGAUUAUCAGGGAAAUUGGAUUGAGUUUUUGUUAUUAAUCAUGUCUGAAAGAAUAGUUCAUCCAGAUUUGUGAGUCAGGCGUGAGAAAUUGCCCUUGAUGCAUGAGAUCGAUGCUUUUAGUCUACAGGCAUAAGGCUCAUGCAUAACGUGUGAUAGGUGGUAGGCAUAGGAUAUAAUUUUAUCCUGUACUAGGGAAAAAACAUCCUUUUAUAUCCCAUACACCCACACCAGAACUGGGAGAUUUUGCAUUAGUCAGUUCCAAGAAAGUUUAUUACCCCCCCACCCCCUCCCCCUCCUCGUCUUUCCCCAGGCAUCCCUGUAGCAUUUGAUGCAAGUUUAGCUCUAUAUGGGCGGAAGUUUGCUGCCAAAAAAAGACGCCAGGUAGGGCAUUUGACUGUUAACAAAAUGGGGUGGUCAUGGGUCAUUGGCUUUGUGACAUUGCAGUUUUUUCAUAGUUGAUAAUACAUUGUUAUGCAGGGUCAGUAUCAUGCCUUUAUUCAAAGCUUGGAGUACAGACUAGAAGAAGUGUGAGAAACUGUUAAACCUUGUGUCCAAAUUAAAUAUAUAAAGUGAUGUUUUAAAAGUCAUUUUCCAUUUCCUCAUCACGACAACAUGGUACAACAGAUGCUUCAUGCAAACAUCAAUCUUGAUUCUUGUUCUUAUCUGAUCUUUCUUUCACUGGUCCUCAGUUGUAUCUGAAGCUCUGUAGAUGGAAUUGACUGAUUCAGUAGUCUGUAGGGGCUGAAUAAUGGUCUGGAUUGGUUUGACCACAUUUUGCUGUUAAUAUUAUAAAGAAACUCACCGUAAUAACUUUAAUUAUUAUUGGUGUGAUUUACCUGACUGAGUUAACUUGUCUUGUAAAAAUUACUUUAACUUGCAUAAGAGUAAAGAGUCAUUGUCAUAUCAAAGGCUUCGCACUUGACCUCAUUUUAAAACAGAGGCUUGGGCCUAUUUGGAAAUGACGUAUUGCAGCAAUAUUGGGUUUUGGUAAUUUUGACUCAGAAAAAGGGAAAUUUCUUAUGGUGUAGUGUGAAUUGGUGAAAGAAAAUCUAACAUGAAAAUGAGAAACUUAAUUUGUCAAAUGUUAAGUCGGGCUACAGUGUUACCUGGAAAAACAAAAGCUAAAUUAUGGACAUUUGAUAAUACAUUAACUUUAGCCCAGAAAUUUGGUGUACAAGGAAGAAAUAGUUAAAGAAAAUAUAGGAAAGUUCUCAUUGGUCCUAAAUAUUUUUACAGCUUGUUUGUCUGCACACCAAAUGCUCUUGUACUGUUGAUCACUUUUUCAUUUCUUGUAAAGAAUGAAACUGCACCACUUAAGUGUUGAUCUUACCCCUUGAAUGCCAACCCAAACACACCCUAGCAACCGGCAACUGUAUUGGAUAUUUUCAUGAAAAUGUGUUUUUCGCAAUUUGAGAACUUUAACAUUUUAUAACUUCUCUUUUGUUGCAAUAAUUAUUAUUGCCUUAAACAAGUGAAUACGGUAAAAAUGUAAGUGAUCUGGCAAGGUAGUCAGAACUGUCAUGGCAGCUGCUGUCAAUACUUCGCAAUACAUCAUCAACUGUGAUGCAACUUUCUAUGACUUCUGUAAAAAACAUUCAGGUCAGCAGUUAAAAUUAUUCCUUCUCAGACCCUUUCAAACAACCACAGAUGAAAAUGCUGAGCAACCAGAAGAGAUAAAACUGUGGUAAGGAGAGGACAUAUAUAUAUGUCCUUGGUAGCGGGCACAUGUACAAUUAUACGUUCCUGGCAUUCAAAGGGUUAAUGGCUGGUGGGGAGGUUUGUGUGCCUUGGUUACCCAGGAAGAUAUAACAGUUGGGAGGUUGAUCCCUGGUAGGUUAAAGAAAUGCUGCUGGGCUGGUUUUGGGUGAAAGGCUAGAUGAAUUGCGACGGGUGGCUCUCCAGGUUGGGGGUAGGGCAAUGGGCUUAUAUCCCAUCCCUGUAAAAAAUGUCAUCACUGAAACCUGACACGCUUGACUUGAGAAAACCUGCUUAGCUUUUCCUUAGCUGCAUCCCUGGGCUCUUAGAAGGCAAAGACUCAGGAAAUAUAUUUACCUACAGAGAGGCAAUGAGUGAACCGCGAGGAAGUGAUGCAGCAGUAGCAAAUAAUGGUGUUCAUGACCUUGCAACACUGGCAGAGUCAAUUUCUGAAGUGUCAGCCCUUCCAUCUACCUCUGAUCAGUACUCUGAUGUUUGUGAGUGGGCGGUAGGUGUUGUAAUCUUGUUUACUUAAGCAUUUACAAAUGAUCAAGAUCAAAUCUGUUGUAAGAUCUGGGUCCUAUUGAGUUUGUUAAACUGCCCGUGUACCUUGCUUUUAUCCCAAAGCUUAGUAUACCAAAAACAAAUGCUUGUAACCUACUAACCUUUCAAAUCUAUUUGGGCAUGAGUACAUUUUCUUACUUAUAGGUUUAUCAAACUUAUAUUGCAAUGGUCAAAAUGUAUUAAGCAGUCAGUUGGCCAUUCUAUUUACAGGUUUGAGUGUCAUUAUUACAUGUAUCGUUAGUACUCUAACACUAAAAAGUACACAUCAGAUAAAAUAAUUCACUAAACCUUUCCCUGACAUUAAUUGUUUUUAUUGGCUAGCUUCUUGUUUUGUAUUGAUGGUUUUGUAGCUCACAUAUCAGGUCAAAAUUAAAUUCAGGUUAAAAUUUUUGAACCUAGGUUGAUUCUCCAUUUCCUUUGUCCUCUAGCCCUAAUUCAUGAAUAAUUAGGGCUAGGGUUCAAAAAUUUUAACCUGAAUUUAAUUUUGCCCUGUAACAUUUUUCAAGAUUAAUGUGGCAAAACCACAAUUGGUACAGCCGGCCCUGGCGUAAAAGAUAGAAUUCAGGUUGCAAAAGGACGAUUUCUGAUCUCAAGCAGUCUAAGAAAGAUUGGUUUUAGACACACAAUCGUGUCUUUUUAGAAGAUAAGAUAUUCCAGUCAUGGCUUGGUGUGAAAUUGGAGGCAGAAUAUGAAGGUCCCAGCGUCAGAGAUUUGGCGGCCCAUUAGUACAUUUUCAUUUUGGUAUAUUUUGAAUGUUUUCUGCCUAGAAUCGGCAGAAAAAUAAGGAUAUUAAGCCUGGGCCUGAAAAACAUUCUCAUAAACAAUAGUGUACCAGUGAAAUUUAACAUCCUACAUAGAACACUAAUGAGUUGGGCCCAGCGUGACAAAGCAUCGCAAGAAACCAUCACAUUCACGGACAAAGGAAAAUUGAUUAGUUAUUUAGAUCUAGAAAUCACUUUGGAGAAAUUUAAAGAAUGGAAGCCCUUAUAUAGCCACAAUAAAGAGCUUUACAUUUCUAAAGAGGUUAAAGAAAAUGCUCUUGUAUCAGAAGGGAAAUCCUGCCCACUAUAAACAAAGACCACGCAAGAAAAUUCAUAUGCGAAUCAUGACCUCUGUGUGUGAAACAAACGGCAAAAAUUGCAUGAUAAAAUUAAUUUGCUCAAUCAAAAUUUAGAACAAUCCAGAGUAUAAUCUACCUGCGAGAGAAAGAACACUUACUGAAAUAAGCAGCAUUUUGGCGGGAUUGCCAGAAGUAAAAGUAGUGUGUUGCCUACUGUCCCCUUUUUCACUAAACACGAGGGCGGCGGAGCGGGAAGACCGAUUUUGACAGCGAUUUCCCGAACAUGCGCAGCUCAUGAGACUACCCCUUUAAUCCCAAAACAUGUUUGUAUUGUUUUUGUUUUCAGGAAAGUGACAUGAAUGGACAGCACUUGUGGAUGGAUACAGAUGCUUCUGGAAACUCAUGUUACUCAAAUGAUUGUGAAUCACUGGUGAGAGAGUGUUUAUUUUAAUUAACCAAACCCAAAGCUGUGCCCUGAGGUAAAUUGAAAGUAGCCCAGUGCUCUGAACCUGUAGAAUCUUAAGGGUGCCCAGCACGUGAUUUGUGUGAUAAUACUGAUAAUAUACCCCCAAGGCCAAAAGUUGGGCGCCAAGCUAAGGGCCACCAGGCUCAUCUAGAGCAGAGCCCUGAAAAGCUACAUCUUUUUCAGUUUCUGCUUCUUUUAGCAUUUAAGCUGCAAUAUUUUUAAUCAUCAGUAGAUUUUUCAAUUUAUUGUCAAACCCCAUUAAUCCCAACACUGAAGGGGCCAAUAAAUAAUAAUAAUAAAUUUAAUAAUAAUAAUAAUAAUAAUAAUAAUAUUAAUAAUUUACAUCUAUAUAGCGCAAACCUCUACAUGAAUAUAAUUAUUUGGUUGCGCUUUACAGUACUGUUAUAUUAAAUUUAUGUUAAAGGUGACUAAAGCGUGAGAAACUAUUAAAAAGUACAAUAAAAAGAAUUAAAAAUUAUAAAAAAACCUACAAUAAAAGCCAACGAUUAAAUCUAUUUAAAAGCUAAAUUGAAAAAAUGAGUUUUGACAGCAGUCUUAAAAGUGUCCAAUGUCUUCAUGUUGUGAAUUGCUGAAGGUAAUGCACUCCAGAGAUAAGGCACAGCUGACUGGAAUGCAUGAUUGCCAAGAGUUGGAUGGGUCUUAAUGCCUGGUAACUCGAGGAAUAUAGACUCAUUUGACCUUAGAGAGUACCUGGAUUGCUUUUUGAUAGUAAUUAAAUCAAUUACAUGUAUAUGGGUCCGUAUUAACAAGGUGUCCGUAUUAAGCUGGUUGAAUUUAGAGGCAAUGUAAGGGCUUUAGUUUCCCAAGGACAUAGCAAACUGUUUGUAAUAAAGAGUUGUCCAUAUUAAGUGGGGGUCUUUAAAGUGGGAUUUGACUGUAACUAAAGAGAUGGGUAGUAAUUGUAUCAGGAGCGGUACAUGUAUCUUCAGGACUGCAUUUGUAAGUGAACUGACUUUAAUAGAGAGUUAUCCCUAUGGGAUAAGGGUCCUUGUUAAGAUGCUUAUAGGUAUACAGUGGAAACUUGAUAUACAUGUCACAAACCUCUUAUUAGGAUACAUGUAUUCUUUACUCCAGUAUAGUACAACAUACAGAAAAGAACCUCGAUUGCAGUGAACAAAUUUUGCCAGUUCCUUGACCCUUUGAAAAAAUAUUGUGAUUCCACUGUAUUAAAUUUAAGCACAAUACAUACCGGUAAUACAUUUAAUAUACAUACACAAAUAUAUUUUCUAUUGUCUUCUUUCAAACUAUUUCAGUUUCCCAGAAUGAAUAAUUGAAUUGUUUUGUUUGUAGAAAUCAGGACCAAGAAAGAAGUGUUCAGGUAUGUCCAUGAAUGAGUGUUUGCAGAAGGAUAGAAUGAUAUAAUCAGGUUAUCGUUUUGUCUUGCCUGUUUUAUCAUAUGUAUGCAACUGCAGACACCUUCCAAGUUAGUGUUGAGGCCUUGUCUGGGUGCAUGUGUCCAUAUUCCGAAUUUUAAGAAUCCUUCAUUUCACAAAUUGAGGAGAGAAACAUGUCCUUGAUGGUUGAAUUUCCAGUAACUGGAUAAUUCUUGUCUUCUUUGAUGUCAUUUUGAGGCCUGGUCGAUUUAGUGGUUAACAAGUUACUGCUUGAGAUCGAUCUUUUUGUCUGGGACCAAGCCUUCAAUUGCCUUGCUUCCUUAGAUACAUGUAAACUAAUAAGCUUUGCUCUGCAUUUUUUGACAAACCUGAAAAGUUGUUGAGCAUGCAUUUUGUUGAUUUUAAAUUUCGUUAAUUGCUAUGGGAAUCUUCAGCAAUAAAGUGUUAGUCUUAAGUGGUGGGUCUGUCUGGUCGUCAGGUUCGACUGCAAGUGGGAUUUCAUCAGACAUUAAAUUUACUCCGACAAAAUCUGAUGACCGACUGUUAUUUACCACUCAGUUUCAUCUGCCUUAUGUUGCUGAAAUUUAUAGAGAUCCUCUUAGUUGGUGUACGUAUGUCCCUAGGCUGAAUUUCAAAUAUUAUGGUUGUUUGGCAUUUUGAGUAGGCCAUGUUCCUGUUGGUAUUUAACCCAUCUUUAUGUUCUUUGUCACCAUUUCAUGUCACUGUUUCAAGGCUAGGUAGCUUGUUGAAAUUUUUCCCUAACAGGGCCUCUUAGUAUAGGUAAUAGCAUGAUUUGUAGUGAUAUUUGGCAUAAAUACCAUGAGUGAUAUUUCGAAAUUGUUGUACGUAAAUUUCACGAGCCGUUAGGCAAGUGAAAUUUGAGACAAUUUUGAAAUAUCACAAGUGGUAUUUAUGCCAAAUAUCACGUACAAAUCAUGCUAUUAUUUGUUUAUACCACUACCAGCAAAAGUUUUGUACUUUUCACAUGUAGGUAUUUCAAAUUAAGCUGAAACACCACUGCUCUAAGCCAGUCAAAUUGCAGAAAUUUCUCAUCUAGUGGUAUAAAAAGUGGAAUUUUAUAAUUUUUUCUUUCAUGCUUGACGUUGUAUUACAUUAGCUAAUAAAGAAGGUGUAUUUUCAUUUUGACCCUACAGCUUGUAAAAUUAUUGUACAUACAAAGUGUAUAGAACAGCUAUACAGGGUAAGCGUAAAGUUUUAUCUUUGAUAAAUAAUAUGUCAAGUCCUUAUUUAUGGCUUAGUCCCCUAUGGAUGGUGUAAUUAUCAUAUUAAAUUUUGACCCUACUCACCAUAGAGCCUCCAGUAGCCUUAGUGGUGAGAGCAUCGGAUCUAGAACUAAGAAUUUUUUUCUGAGUUAUCUGGUGUUUGAUAUCUCCUUCUUUUAAAUUAAUUAAGUUUCUUGUUGAUUUUGAGUGACAUUGCAAUACAGGAUUUUCUUGCCAAGUCAUGAGAUUUCUUCAGUUACCCUGUAAGCAAAAUAAUUUAUUUUGCAAUAAACUGAUCCUCAUCUUGACUGGACAUUUUACUGAAUGAAAAAAAUUGUUUAACAUCAGUCUUGUUUCCUCUUUAACUUCCCUAUCUAUACUGCCUAGUGGUUUAAUUGAUCUGUCUUCCUGUAGUACCUGUCAGAGGAGUUGACCGAUGCUCAUGAAAAACUGUCAAAAAAAAAAAAUCAAUAUCGUUGGUAGAAUAAUGUUUUGAAAAUGGUUUUGACCAUUUGGUACAAUAAUUGUACAAUUAUUGUAGGAUCUGCAGAAGACUUUUUUUCUGUUGUUACUAGCUUGUACACCUCAGUUCAAUCUUUGUUGUCAAGAAUAACCUGAAGUAAAAUAAUAAGGAUGUGCAUCUUGUUGGUAUAGAGUUCUAAAGCGAUGAUGUCAUCAACAUUUCAGGAAAUUCACCCCAAGGGUACUCAUGAGGUCAUAAAAAUUAAAUUUCUGAAAUUAUGGCAUUUGUUGGGAUAUUUUGAAAGAAAAACAUCUGAAAGGCCUACUUGCCAAAACCUAGCAUUGUGGGGCGAAUUGUCUCAGAUAUACUAGUCCUGUUUUGCUCUGAUGACUCCAUACAAAUUCCUCUAAAUUUGAUUUGGUUCCUGAUGUUACGAACUGAGUCAAAUUUAGACAGAUUUGUAUGGAGUCUUCAGAGAAUAACUGGGUUAAUAUCUCAAAGACAGUUUGCCCCGAAAUGCUAAUUUUUGGCAAAUAUACAUAGGCCUUUUGGAUAUUGCUCUUUCAUAAUACCCCAAAAAAUCCUAUAGUUUCACAAAGUACAUUUUUUAUAAUGUCACACUUUAGGACUCUAUAGGUAAAAAUAUUAUUGAGCUCUUUACAAGACAUUUCUGUUCUGAAUAGUGUGUCUUUGUGUUUUUCCAUUUCAGAUAAAUUUCAAAUGCAAACCAACAUUUCGGGAAAUUCACCCCAAGGGUACUCAUGAGGUAAAAACUUAGUGAACUCGAUGUGUUAAAAUACUGUACAGCAUUUACACCUUAAGUUUAGGAGUUGUAUCACAGAUUCAAUCAAAAUUCUAUCAGUAGGAACUACAACCAAAUUGAAAUAGUUGCUCAAAACAUUAAAAGAAGAUCUUAAGAACAGUCAGCUGAUACACAAGUAAACACAGGUGGACAAAUUUUAAGAAGAUUAAAACGGACUGAAGUUGUAGGCUGUUGUUUGCAAAGUUUGAUAUAAUGCUUGGGAAGUACAGUGUUUGGACAAUAAGCUGUGAUUUUGUCAUUUACAAGUAAUUUCUUCAUUAAGGUUAAGUUCCAUAGUGCAUAAGGAAGUGUAAAAAUACAUUUAAAUGCAAUUUAAAGGAGUUCACAACUAAGAGCACCUUAAGUGCCAAAGGUCAGCAGUCUUUUGGCAUGUGCAUGCCCAGUAGCUCGCUACAUUAAUCAUGUGAUUCAGUGGUGCAUAGAGCUUUCCUUUGCGCUGUGUUGUUCAUCCCUUCUCUAGCUCUACACUGCUGUGAUAAAUAUUUUCAUAACUAGUUAGUUUAUUUUAAUGGAUACAUGUAAUUUUGCAUAAGCAGUUUUUGUCUUAAUCCUUGGUGUUUAUUAGAAGCUGUCUCUACUCCAGGCAUCACCAGUAAAUGUAGACCUCUAAUUUCUCAAUUUGAUUGGCUAAAGCUCCUACACUGUAUACCAUUUUAGAGUAAUGUGCGGCAUCACUGGGUUCAUAGGCGGAAACAGGAAGGCAAAUGUCAUCAUUGUGGCAAGGUAUUUUCAACCUGAGGACUUGUUAGUUACUGUAAAUGACUAAAUAGAGGUGCACUUCCAAAUAAAUGCCUCUUAUCUAAUAAAUGUCCACUCUACGCUGUUAAAAUUAUAAUAGACACCACUCUCGAAUAAAGCCCCCUGUCUAUUAGACACCCCCUACGAAAAUUACUUCAAAAUACUAGGACGUAGCAAAAGGGAGCAAAAUCAUUCUAUUCAUUCAGUAUCUUGCUUAAUUAACAAGGCUUUGCAUUUUUUCAUCUUGUUGAAUGACAAGUUCAAAGUAAGGAUAGACUAACAAUGGCAACUCAAUAACCCUGAGCGUGGAUUUUGAAAUUAAUGUUGGGAUUUGAAGGAGCGAUGUGGGUCUCUAGAUGGCCUAGAAACAUGUCUAGAUGGAUCAAUGGAUGGAGUGGAUGUUCUGCUUUUUUAAAAAUUCUCUUGAUUUUUGCGCCGAAGCAUAUUAGUUUCGUUAAGCUUGUUACAGUUAAGAGAGUAAAGGCCUCUCUCUUUUAAAUGCCUCCCAUCUAUUAAACACCCCUGCUUGGACCCCUAAGAUUAAACAGACGUGCCAGUCGUUUGUUAGGUCAGUUACAGUACUGUAAAUCAGUUCAAGGACUGUUCAAAAGUGGUGGUAGGCAAUCAAGUGAGCGCUGAAGUUUUUCUUGGAAUUUUGAAUUUUGCUCAAAAUGCACCAAGUUGAUUCAGUUCAUCGACAUAAAGUUUUUACAAUCCUGAAAUGUAGGCAGAAAACACUGCUAAACUCAAUAGGGACGUUAAGAUCCGAGGACGGCGACGGCAGAGAAAGCGUUGCUGAAAAAGUGAAUUCGCGUUCUUUCAAUCUUCAUCACGACUACUCCAAGUCACUAACUUUGUCAAAUGUAGGCGAACCCUCCUGAAGUCGAAUUCCUAAGAACCAUAUCCAAGUUCAGAAGGAGAGAGGAAAUUUCGUCGUCGCUUGUGUACUUCCUCUGUACAUCAUGAAAUUAGGCAUUUUCACAUCAUAGUCGUGCAGUGACGGCAAAGAAAUGUACAAAAAAGCGUGAUGCACAUGCCAAAUUGUUGUUUUGCUAAUUAAAUCUAUUGUUUUUGUGGCGUUCCCGUUGCUGUUGCUGUCGUCAGAUCUUAAGCUCCCUAAUGUAAUUGUGGGGGGGGGGGGGCUUAGGUGAGAGGGACAGUGGAAGAGGCAAUUAUGAUUCUCCCAUAUAAUUGAGGGGUAACGACCAUGGACAAUCAGAAAUAUUUUUGUUGUUUUGUUGGAGACAGGACUUUAAACUUCUAACAUCUCCAUACAGGGCUUGUGCAUUAAUCUGUACGUGUUACAACCUCAACUGAGAAGAGCUGCUGUUUCUUCGUUGAACAAACAACUGAGAUUUUAAAGAAAAUGAGGGAACUAACGGGACAAGUGUGACCCACAGGGGAUGACCCAUGCUUCUAGUACAAAUUCAAUGUUCAAUUCAAUAUUUAGAAACAAAUUUUUAUUUCUCAUGUAAAAUAUCCCAUGAUCUAUACUUGUUGUUUCUAUAGACUGAUAAUUUUCCAGUCAAUACAAAGGGUGCGUACUCAAUGAUAAUGCAUGCAUAAUGCUUUCUAACCAGUCAUUGUACAAGUAUUUCUUUGAACAUUUUAUAAUUAGUGGUUAAUCUUCUGUUCUUUAAUCUUGAUAAAUUCACCUUUGUUUUCUUUUUGUGGCAACAGUCUUUUCAACAUAAGCUGUCCUUUCAAUCCAAGGUAAAUCAUUUUACUUGUAUGUGCAUUUUGAGUUCCUGGUGGUUUGUUAAGAAUGGAAGUUAUUUUCUUGACAAGAUUGUUAUGCAAAACAGUGUCUGGGAUUCAUGUAGGGAGAUGUUUUAGUGGCCUUUGUAGACAGGUUUAAAUAAGAGUUGAUGUAUGGACUGUCCGCCAGGAGAUAAUAAAGUGGCCAUAGUAGUAGAGAGUUGGCCGUUGUCGAGAGGUGGCCAUUGCAGGAAGUUUGACUGUAUUUUUCAAAGUAUUGUGUAGUUGUCCUUUUUAGUUGUCUACACAAUAGCUUCCCCUCCAUACAUACAGGAAGGUUGUCUUGAUCAAGUAGAAGGGAUUUCAGUAAACAAAGAUUAAACAAAUUUUCCUACAUGUUGAUGUUGAUCAAGCAUCCAUACAAAUUUGAUAUGUUGGGUAUUCCUGUUUAUGCAUUACCACUGUUGGGUACCCUCUGUAAAAAUCCUGUGUGAAUGCAGCCUUUGAUACUCCACUCAAACUGUGUUAUGUACCAUUUGUAUUGUAGUAAAUGAAUUAUCUUUUUUCAAACAGGAUAUCAUUGCAAUCAGUUGUUCUUGGUGCAAAGCUGCAGUAAGUGACUUUGUAAUUAAAUUAAAAGGUUGAUUUUUUAUAGUGUUUAUCCCAAAAAAAUUAACAUAGUGCUGAGUUUCUGUAUGAUAACUGGUCUUUUCUCAAGCAUGGAGUUAUUUUUAGAGCCUUGACCCAGCGUAAUGUAACAUACUUGUACAUUAGACUGAAUGACAAGCUGAUUUCUUUUCAGUACCACAACAGAGUAGAGUGUUUCAAGAUGCAGAAGAUAGAUGAAAUGUGUGAUUUGGGAGCUCAUGCCAAUCUUAUAGUUCCUCCAUCAUGGGUUGUCAAACUCCCCCCUAAAAGAGUAAGUCAUUUUUCUUUCAUUUGUCUUAUCUUGAAUUGUUCACCCCCAUUCCCAACCCCCCAAUUUGCGAGUGAACAUGUAUAUGUUACAGGUCAAAUCUGAUUUCAGUUUAAAUUUUUUUAACCUAGGUUGAUUCUCAGUUUCCUUUAUCUCCUAGUUGAGAAUCAACCUACAAUAGGUUAAAUCAAAAUCAACCUGAAAUCAAAUUUGGCCUGUAACAUACAUUGUAUACAAUUGCCUCACUUUCAAUUUUUAGUUGUAUGUUUCUUACAUAUUUAAUGGUGCAAAACAAAUGUGCAAUUCAAGUUACUGCUUGAAAUUAAGUUACCAGUUGUCUUAUUUCCUUUGAUACAUUGUUUUGACUGCAUUUUUUUUUGCUACACGAUUCCCAUCAUGCACUUUUGAGUAUCACAUAUUUCGAAAAAACAGUGAAAUCUUCUGUGUUAUCCAUCUUGAGUUUUUGUGCUAUUUUUUUAUGUUUAAAGGCAAGAGGUUCUUCUAUGAAGAGAGGCAGCUUUAAUAAAAAGAGAUCUGUUAAGAGAAAAUCUACAAAGGUUUGUGUUGUUAUAAUCAGUGAUAUUAAAAAAAAAUGUGGUUUGUGAAUCGUAGGGCCCAUUGUUGUUUGCCUCACAAUCAUCACUUUGUCACUGAUCACAGCAGCAUUACCGUAUGAUGAUGUCUGAACUUUUGAUAUUCACUGAUGCAUUAAUCAGUUCAGAUUACUUCAGUCAGUCACAGUACCUCUGCGUACAAUAUUAUUUAAAUGUCUAGAUAAUUAUUUUUUUUCAGAUAAAUUCAACUAAGCUUCUUAUAAAAAUAACAGUUUAUUCCUUAAACCAUUUUUUUGUCAUAUUUAACCCUGGCAAUUUCUGUUGAUGCUAACACUAUCUCUUUGCUAUUCAUUUCUUCAAGUUUGUUUGAGUCAAUUUAUGUUAUGUUUUGUUGAUGGUGAACGCUUAUAACAGAAACAGAGCAGUAGUGAGAGUGACAGUGAUGACUUCAUCUUGCUUGAUCUUGACUUGUACCAUAACUGCAACAAUCCUUUCUGUAAUGUGAGGUUUUAAAGAAAUUUAAUCUAAAAACCAUUAAUAAGAUCUUGUAAUGAUUUUGCUAAUUAAAAAUUUAACACUUUUUGCCAUUGUUAUUAAAGAUGCUAUGUGUUAAAGAGACUGUCGAGCAACUGUAACCAUAAAAGAAAUAAACUGUAAUCUUAAUUUUCAGUUUUCAUGCAUUUUAUUGCCUGCAUUAUAACACCAGACCCUUUGUUAAUUUGAAACACUAACAGAAUUUGCAAUUGUCAUGUUAUUUCUUGUAAUUCUCCAUAACUUAAAAGCAAACUUUGUCUUCUUCGUGUGUGAAUAAAAUGAUAAUUUUUUUAAUCUUCUUGUUAGUUGAUAAACAAUUUUCCCAUAUUUUAUGUGAAAUCCCAAUUUAUUGGCAUAUUAAGUAUUAGUAUUGUCCAUAUUUGCUCAGAGCCUUGCCUGAAAUUAUUCCCAGGAAUGGUUUUGAACAGAAAUUUUCUAAAUUAAAUUUUAGUACUAAUCACUGCUGUAAUAAAACUUAUGUUGAACUCAGUCUAAGUUGAUAAAUUUUUAUUCUUUCUCUUUGAAAUUUUUUUGUAAGUGAUUCAAGGAAGCUUAUACCACCUCUGAAUAAGUUCAAACUUAAGAUUUUUUACUUCUUUUUGACACUUUGAGCAGCUCUUUUACUGUUUAAAAGAAGCGACAAUUUAGUAUGCUUUUUACUCUCUUUCUUUUCCCAGAGUAAAAAGUACUUUAUACAGUGGAACCCUGCUAUAAUGAAGACCUCUUUAAAAUGAAAAACUUCUGAAAGCCCAGCAGAAUUACAGUAAAAUAUCUGGAAACGAACCCUGCUAUAACAUUAGAUUUUGACACUCCCAACCCACAAUUGACCCCACUGUAACGUGUAGUUGUUCCAGUUGCUUGCAGCAGUCAUUAGAAAUCACAGCUUGCUUUAUUCCAGUUUUGAAAAAUACGUUUACUGUACUAUUGUAGUGACCAAUUUAUGCUUCAGCUUGCUGACACGUCUUCCUGUCUUGCAGUACUGAAUUUUUGGUAAUUCCUAUUUAUUAAAUUACCCCGCUAUAACAAAUAUUUUUGCUGUUAACCAGAUAAUUCGAUAACGAAAACCCCACUAUAACAAACAGUUUUUUUCGGUACCGUGGCACCUCAUUAUAGCGGAGCUCCAUUGUAUAAGGUCAUCAUCACAUUUUUGUUUUGAACUCCUUAGUCAACAUUUUAAAUCAUGUAAAUUUACCAUUACUCUAUAAUAUAUUAGUUAAAUCUUUACUUCAUAACAGCCUUUACUUCUUAUUUCUUACACAUUUGAUAAAAUAAUAAUAAUAACCUCGUUGCUUCUUUCUUCUUCAGGAAAAAAAGCCAUUUGUGGUAAGUUAUGGCUUACUUUCAUUUUCUAAAAACAGAAAUCGGCUGCCUUGUUUCAUUAUUAAACCAUGCAUUUUGAGUACUCUAUUGGUACACUGUACAUAAUUUCACAAUUUUUGCAAGACAGUAUUUUGCAGGGUUUUAUUUUGACAAUUUUUUUAUUUGCAGCAAGAAAAUAUGAAAAUUAGAGGAUGCGAGGAUUUAUAUUCACAGGUCUUUAAUUUCGGAAAUUUUUUACGAUCACGAAAAAUGGGUAAUUUAAGUCCUGCAAAAUUAAGUACCAGUAAGGUAGUCUAAUCCUAUGUUUACUUAACUAGAUCAAGCCUUCUGGAUCUGCUCAACGCAAGCCUCUACUUGUGUUCAUAAACCCAAGGAGUGGUGGAAAUCAGGUUAGCUGUCAUCUUAAGUAUUCCUUCUAAUCAUAACUAUAACAAAGUUGUCAAAUCGCAUUGGCUUUCAACCGUCCUGAUUUCCAUACUAAUAGGACAGUACAAGUCAUGCCUUAGUAAUUGGACAGUAAAACAGUGCAUGCCAUCAAGUGCGCUCACUUGAAUAGGUUUUUCAUUUUCACUUCUGGCAAAAAAUGGAAUAUCCUGUGUUUGAAUUGGUAACAGAACUUUGUGUUAUCCAAUUCAGUUUGUAAUCAUGGCGUUCAACAAAAAUCGGACUCCCCUAUGCUGUUAUGUAAUUUUGUUAAUCACUUUUAUGAUUACAGAUGGAAUUUAUUGGUCCCCUCUAAGUCCUAUAUUACCAUUGUUAAUUUUAUUUUUUUCACUCCUAGGUCAAGUUAUAGCACUGUGAUUUGUCGCUCUUAUGAUAAAUUCUCUGGCUUGAAAAUUACAGUAAAAAUAGAUAAUUAUUGUAUUAUUUCUAAUAAAAUCGGCACAGAUUAUGGGGAGGUUUAGCCAUUGUCAUCCCAUACUACACAGCUUUUGUUACAUGUGUGGGAAUUUAAUAAAUUAUUAUUUCUUACCCCAGGGUGCAAAAAUCAUGCACAAGUUCCAGUGGCUACUGAACCCCAGACAAGUUUUUGAUCUAUCCAACAAAGUGGGAGGAGGUCCCAAAAUGGGGUAAGUAUUCAUCAAAUCUCAUUAUUUUUUCUUUAUUUUAUUUAUUUCACUUAUUAUGACUUGAACUGUGGGCCAAUUGUGACCGACAUCAAUUUUCUCAUAACAACAUUAGCCGAUCAUCAAGAGUAAAGUUUAUGAGAAUUACUAAAUUAAUUACCAAAGGGAGAACGCUUUGAUCUUAAACCAAAUUCUCCCAUCCAUUCUUAAAAGAAGUGUAUGGAGAUCAGUCUGGAGUAGUUGGAAGUGGAUCUUGGAGCUUAAAGGGUUAAAAUUCUGAUUCAGAGUUGAAACUUAGAUUACAUUGUCAGUCAUAUGCAAUAAGCAGGUGGGGAAUUGACCAGCUGGUUUUUUAAAAAAAUGCUCAAAUUCUGUUCAUGUUUAUAUUUCCAUUCUCCAUUUUUCAAAUAUGUUGUUCUUUUCGUUGCAGACUUGAAUUGUACAGAAAGGUUCCAAAUCUUAGAAUACUGGCUUGUGGAGGAGAUGGCACUGUGAGUUACUUUUUAACCUUUUGUGUGGUCCACCUUGCUGACUCAUAAAUAAUAAUAAUAAUCAGUUUAUUAAACCCUUUUGGUAGUGUAUAACACUAACUUACAAGGGAGGUCAAGAAUACGCAGAACACAUAAUUACACGUGGCACAGAAGGCAAAAACAAUUAAAUCCUAUUGUAACUGUGGGUAACAAAAUUACUAAGGUGGUCCGUUCUGACAAAGCGGAAUUCAGAACAAGAAAAACCCGACCUCAACCCGUACCCAUGAGCGACAUUCGUAGGCUGCAGCAGCAGGUGUGAAAGGAACCCGGACUCCUUGAUGUUAGAUAUAAAAUGCCUGCAAGCCUCAUCACGGCGCAACAAAAGUGUAGGCAAGCUACAGCACACGAGUGCCGAUUCAUAAGAGCAAUCUGGAAAAAUUAUUAUUAUAAAUAAUGUGUGAUUAAAGUUCCUGCACUUAAAGAUUAAUAGACAAGUAUUUUGUAGGUGGCACACUUGUAAAUUUUGAAAUGUAACUUAUGUUGCCUUUUUUGUGUCUUGUCCAGGUUGGCUGGGUUCUGUCUGAACUCGACACGCAAAAAAUCACACCCCCACCCCCAGUUGCAGUGCUUCCACUGGGAACAGGAAAUGACUUGUCAAGAGUGCUUAACUGGGGAGGGGUGAGUAUGCUCUCUGGACUUGAUUGAGUAGUUGUGUUGUGUGAUAAUUGUGGAGGAAUGAGUAUAUCAAGAAGAAGACUGUAGUGGUUAUCCCAGCCAGAACAGAUGGACAUAAUAAGAGUGUGGUCUUACAGCAUGGUUCUACUGGAAGAUGAUAGUACAGUAAAAGCUAGCGAAAAAGCUGACUGGCCAUAAAAUUAUGUUUUGUUGUAGGGUUAUACUGAUGAACCAUUGUCUAGAAUUCUCACGCACAUCGAUCAAGGAAGUGUCGUACAACUAGACAGGUAUGCGCUGAUUGUAAUUAUUAGACCCUGACCACUAACCGUUUUGUUUGAAAAUUCAGGCAUUUACGUGUAUUUCAGCCUUGAAUCUGUAAUAAAAUGAUCAAAGUAUAGCAUUUUAAUCCAAUAAAGCCCAGCAAGCGAUUGUUUCUGGAUCAGUACAAGAACUUCUUUCAGUAGAUGAAGCGAGGAAAAGUGAAGGACAAGAAUACGAAAACUUACCUUUUCCAUGCCCUUCACUUGUUCUUGUGCUUACAUAAUUACUUUUCACUGUACCUGUGAACUGGAGUAUAAGUACAGUCAUUGCCAUUUGUUUCAAUACGUUCUUGCUUCUAUAAUCUUUGUUAUUAUAUAAAUAGAAGAUAUUACACGGUGGCGAGAAGAUAUGAAUUUUAUGUUUGAGUGGCAAGAACAAUAUCUCACGAGUGAGGGAAGCGAACGAGUGAGAUAUUGUUCUUGCCACGAGAACAUAAAAUUCAUAUCUUCGAGCCAACGUGUAAUGUUCUUUUUAUUAUAUGGAGAAACCAAUUCAACAAAAGCAAAAGGCGGGAAUCAUGACGUCAUUGAACGAUACGACACUCACAAAGGUAACAUACGGAAAAUACGCCACUCGGGUCCCGGAUGAAGUGGCGUAUGGAAUCUACGAGUGGUUUAGUUCCCAGUAAAACACUCUCCUCCAUAUAAUAAAAGUACAGUCAUUGCCAUUUGUUUCAAUACGUUCGUGCUUCUAUAAUCUUUGUUAUUAUAUAAGAGCAUUUAUGUUAUGCUUAUUUUGUACAUGUAAACCAAUCUUCAGCCACUGCUGAUAGACUUUUAUUUAGUCAGAUGACUGUACCUACUCACACUGGUCCCAGAAGUUUGAAAAAGGCAAUUUUUAUGGCACUCUAUGGAGAGUACCAUAAAGGAAAAGUAUACGUGUGGGUAAUUUCAUCAGCCAUUAGGUUGAUAUGCGUUUCUUAGUGUUUUGGUUUUCUGAAUUUUCAUUGAGUUCUUGAAUCUCCUCCACUUGAAAAUCUAGAAAUCUUUAUGCCAUUGUAAAUGAACUUGCCUGGUGAUCUUGUUUCGUGAUUUUGGUCAGCAUGGAAAUAGUAAUUAACUUCCGCAUGUAGGUAUUUCAAAUUAAGCUGAAAUCCCACUGUUCUAAGGCAAUUAAAUUGCAGUAAGUUCUCAUGUAGUUGAAUAAAGGCUAUAAUUAAUUAAGAUGACUGACUUUUCCAGAUGGAAUCUUGAAGCAAUGCCAAAUGAAGCAGGUGAAAUUGACCCCAGUGACGAAGAAGUGGCAAAGAAGGUACAAACAUGAUUGGUGAUUCAGUGCAGAGUAAUAAUAGAGGACUAGCAAAUCCAGCCAUGGGAAGGGAGAUCAUUUACAAUGUAGCAAAUUAGAAAACAUAUGGUACUAUAUGGGAGGGGUUUCAUUUGGUCACAUUAACCCUUUGAGUCCCGAUAGUGACCAACAUCAAUUUUCUCCCAAUGAUAUCCGAACAUUGUCAAGAGACUAGGUUAUGAGAAUUAAUAAAAAUUAAUGAUCACCUAAGAGAAAAUGCUUUGAUCUUUCGUCAAAUUCUCUGAACUCAUUCUUCAAGGAAAUAUAUAGAGAUCAGUUUGGAGAAUUUGUAUGUGGAUAUUGGGGCUUAAAGGGUUAAGGGGGUUUUCAUUAGCACACUUGAAAUUUUAGAGCCACCAUAGCUGCAUUGAGAGAAGUAUUCUGUUGCUGUUGAUCGACAGUUUUCUAAUGAGCAAAAAGUGUUAUCAUAAUUAUUAUUUUCUUGACCAUUGUAUGUCUUUGUGAUUUGCAGCUUCCAUUGAAUGUAAUGAAUAACUAUUUCAGCUUAGGAUUUGAUGCUGAAGUUUGUUUAGAAUUCCAUGAAUCGAGAGGUGAGUAUUGCGAUAUGUUCAAAUUAAGUGUUUUUAUACUUUAUUUGAGCCUUUUAGCUAGUUUGUUUAUCAUUAUCUUUAUUGUAGAUUGUGAUAACGAGUACAAGGCACGGUAAAGUUAAGAUUAUGCCGAUGACAUUAUUGUCGAUCAGCAUAAGCAUUAACUAAUCCUUCAAGUGAAGUAUGCAGAAUUAAAGUCACAAUGCUUGAUUGCGCAAUAAAAGUUGAGUCAGAGCAUUUAAAAUUGCAAAAAUAGGUGAAAAGCCUAAAGAUCUACCUCAUACGUCACAUUUCCAAUGAAUUCAGAAGUUCCUUUGCGUGUUUGUUUUGACAGCAAUUAUUAAACAAAUUCAAUAGGCUAAAGGAUAGCAGAUGGUUCUUGUCAUUCUGAUUGAUCAUUGGCGCAAAACUUUCUAGCUAAGGAAUUUCCUAGUGAGAAUAAGUGCCAAAGGUUAUUUUUACACUUCACGCCUCUGGUGGAUGCAAGUCGAGAACCAUUUGGAAGACCUCCUUUCUGGUUCUUACUAAAAUCGUCUUUCUUACUGAGUGUCGAUUUGUAUCUAUUUUCAUUCACUUGCGACAUGUGAUUUGACUUGCUGUCUUGAAAUUUUUAAUGACCCUUUUUUCUUAUUAUUUUUCUUUUUCCAGAGGCUAAUCCAGAAAAAUUCAAAAAUAGAAUUAAGAAUAUUAUGUUUUAUGGGAAGGUGAGUGUUUCUUGUUGCCAUUCAUGUUUUCAUAGGUAUGUCUGUGCGGUGGGUGAAGAAAGUUUAUUUUCAAAACAACAAGCCCAAUUUACGUUUAAAAGCAUUGUGCUCGCUCUGAAGACUGAUUUUUUUGUUUUUGUUUUAGGCUGGCAGUGCCACCUUCCUUCAACGAAAGGCCCAUAAUUUUUUUAAAUAUAUUACCCUACAGGUAUUGGUCCUUCCUUUCUGUUAUUAGUGCCUUUCUGUCCAUGCAUCACCAGUGCUUAUGGCAGCCAAAAGCAAAUUCGUUAGGUGUCUUCAUCUUGUCUUUCAGUGUGAUGGAGUUGAUCUUACCGAAAAACUUCAAGAAGCCAAGCCUUUAUGUCUAUUAUUUGUUAAUAUACCUUCGUAAGUACCUUGGUUAUUAUAAUUGCUUUUUCUUCAAUGUCGGCUCUUCAUAUCAUUGCGAAGCAGAAACUAAGGUUUUUGAUGGUAUGGUCAUAACUUUUCUGGCUGACUGAUACUCUUAGGCCCGGUUCAGACGCCGAACUUUUCUUGAGCCGAACCGAAUACAUUGAAUUAGGUUCAUGAAAAGUUCGACGUCUGAAUCAAUUAGGAACUCCUAUUUCAAAAGGCCAUUUCCGAGGCCUGUAUUAAAACGAGGUUAAGUACUGAGCCUUUGAUAUGGAAAUGAUUUUUCAUUCUCACGCAAAUAUAGCCCAUUUUCACAAGAAAGGCUGUGCACUAUGCCUAAUUUGAAAGUGAGCGUUUUUUUUAACUCGGAAGUGGUCUAGUUGGAACAGCUCAGCCGCUUAGCCUUUCGCCUCUUCGAGCGACUUUGGAACGGUUUUGAUUCAGACGACAAACUUUUCAUGUGUGUUACCUAAUGUAUAAAUUAUUAUAACGUAUUUUGCAAGCAGUUUGACCGAACUGAGCAUUUUUAUCCUUUUGAAUCUAGUUUGACGUCUGAAUCAGUUCAGCCGGUCUAAAUAAUUUGGGUCGGCUUUAAUUCGAACUAGGUUCGGCUCAUGAAAAGAUCGGCGUCUGAACCGGGCGUUAACAAUAUAAUUUGGCUUUAUUUUGUUAUUAUUCGUUUUUCUAGGUAUAGUGCUGGAACGUCUCCAUGGGGACAUCCUGGGAGAGAAAGUGUAAGUUUGUAUCCACUAACCUAUGGACUGUGAUCCAAGCCAAAAAAAAAAAAAACAAUUGAAUUACAUCUUGUAAGUGAAUAUUACUGACUUUCGGUUGCGAUUUGGUUUCAGGACUUUCAGCCUCAAAGGUUUGAUGAUGGUCUUCUGGAGGUGAUCGGUCUCAACGCCGGUAGUCUGGUAGGUAAACUGUAAUACUCGCCCGCUUGCUGGGAACUCGGUUAGAACAACCCAGAUCUGGCAAGCGGGCCUGUCUGCCUUCAUAUGGGAAAUAUUGCAUGGGUAUUAAAGGCUAAUUAUGUAUAGGAAUUGUGUCGUAACAUGGUUACAGCAAUAUCACUUUGUUGAUAGUAUUUUGAUUAAUAAGGCAAAAAGUUAGAACGUAGUUGUUUGUCGUGCGUUUUUGAUUGUCGUGUUGUUGUUUGCAGGCUACAACACGUGUAGGAGGACACGGUGAGAGAAUAGCACAGUGUAAAGAGGCUGUUCUCGUCACUCGCAAGGCCCUACCCAUGCAAGUGGAUGGAGGUACGCAUGCAUAUCCAUUUAAGCGUAAUCUGGGAAUUUAAAAGAUUGAAAGUAAUAUAGUUUUUUGAGGGAGCUAUUAAGGUAGCUGCCUGUACUAAUGGUAUUGUGUUUGUUGCUUGUCAUUUCCUUACGGAUAUAUUUUUUUUACAGUAUACAAAAUGAGAUCUUAGAACAACUUAGAAUUUAUUUUGCUAUAAUCGUUUAGUUCUUCCUUCUUUUAUGUUUACUAGAGGUUUAAUUAAAUUUUUGAAAAAGUGAAUAUAGCGUUUUGUUCUAAUAAGAUGAUACACUAAAUAACACUACCAUAAAAAGUGCAGCUCAGUUACUUUCAUUAAUAUAAGCGAUACAUCCACAGGCUAAAACUUUGAACAAGAAAAAAAAUCCCCGUUUUCUCAACUUACGUUUGUUGUGUAUAUCUGGGGCGACGGGGGGGGGGUGAGUUUAAAAUUUUCCUUAGAAUACUAAUUUGAGGCAACUCAUCACUAAAUGCAAAGUGUCUCUCUCUUUUGUGAAAAUUUAUCUUGUUUUUUUACUUGUUUCAGAACCUUGCAGAAUGCCCCCGUGCAUAAUACGGAUUUCUCGAAAAAACCAGGCUAACAUGAUACAAAAAGUGAAGGUCAGUAAUCCUCUCUGUUCAGAUUCAACUAUAGGUUAACUUCGUAUGAAUGAACAGAUCCCUGGCUUGUCUAUGGUAAGAGACAUUUUUACCGUACCGGCACUGUACCACACUUAUUGACGGACUUAAGCAAAACUAGUUACGAGAGAAUGGCUGGAUAACCGACAAUGUUAACUAACAAUAAACUACUGUUUAACUCUGACAACAGACGGUUCAAAACGCACCAAUGACAUAACGAGUCUUCAUAGCCAAUAACAUCGUGGCUUUAUUGACAGACUUCCAAUAACAUCGCGACUUAAGUGAAAAAUCAGGUCAAUAACCAGACUUUUAAUACCAUCAACUGACGUGAUACAACUCAUUUUGUCUCUGAAGAUGACUAUCGCACAGGUUGUCGAAGCGUCAGUCACUGUCAACAACAGACCAUUUCAGGACUACGUCCACCUACAAGAUCAUGCUCAACAUACUUAAGUCAAUAAUUAUAGGUACUAUGCUUGGCUGAAAUAGUGAACCUAUCCCCGCACGGGUGCGUCUAAGUUUGUAUUCCUAUGCAGACUCUUGCGUUUAAUGCUUUUCGCACAAGAAAAGGUUUUUUUGCCAGCUUUUUCAUUAUGGGCCUGCUUACGAAACAAUCCGCUGACGAUUGUUCUCGUGUGGACGCAAACGUUUGUGUGUUUGCAAACUAAUCCGGACUCGUUUGCACACGGCCUGACGCUGUCAAAUUUUGAGUUGAGCUUACGCAAGGGUCUUUUUGAUCGACCAGCGUCAACCGCAUGUGACCUUUUUGCAUUCUUGGCUGUGAUUUUGCCCAAAUUUUCGGGCAUAUUAUCUCCAUAGGGGUAAAGACACCUAGCAAUGCAAAUUUGGUAGCGUCCAGGUAUGUGACUUUAUUAACCAAUCUUUCAGUAACAGCAUUUUCUUUGUUCAUUAGACAAGAACGAUAGGAGCCAACUCAACCAUGGGGUAAGAGUACUGAAAUUAUUUGCUGUAGGGAUUAGGCCGUUUCCCAGGUCCAAAAACCCUCAUUUUCAGUGCGAGACUAAGGGCGCUUUGCAUUUAUCAGAACUGGCAAGCCGGACCACGGUAUAUACAAUCUGUGUUGAACUUGAUAGCGGACAUCCUCGUGGACAUCCAUAAUAUGGUCAAUUGACAGACAGCUGUCAAAAAGGGUAUUUGCUGACCAGCGUCACCUGACUGUAUCGCGGGCUCAAGUGGCUUGACCAGUCAUUUUGACAAUGAAAUAGGCUUUUAUGAAGAGUUUUAGCUGAAAAACCAUCUCCUUCGUGCAUACUAUUUAGGAUUUGCGUGAUCUGGCUGGAGAGUUUUGAUUAAAAGUGAAAUUCUCAUUACGACGGGAAUGGUCUGGCUGGUUAGCUCUGACAAAUGGAAAGCGCCCAAAUCGCAAAAACCUUUUAUGUGAUGUCCGCUUUUAUUUAAAUGAUAAUAAAUUGUUAGAUGUUUACCAAUGUAUAUAGGGUUUCCAGUAGUAACCGGAAAUGGGUCGUUUUAUCCACUUCAGUCUCCCUUUAGAAUCUCGACGAAAAAUCGUAAUUUAUUUAUCAUACGUGGUUUGUGUUGGCGCUAAUGAAUUCAUCGAGUUAAACUGUUAUUCGUUAUUUUCAAUUUUUCCAGGCCUGUUGCAUGUCCUGAGCCAGUCAAGAUACAGAUCUACAGUGUAGGAUUUAAGGAAUACGAAAGACACUGUUAUGAAUUAUCAGAGAUGCGAGAGACAGGUGAGUAUGCGUGAAUCAUCUGUUUUCUGGAAGUAUUCGCAAUUUCUGUGUGAAUGGACCUCUUUGAUAAUGACGGCCUAUUAACGUAUUCUAUUAUUAGUAUGAUAAUAAGCCUUUCUGACCUCGUUGUCAUGUGCAAAGUACAAAAGAAUUCUUACUUUCAAACAAGGUCAGAAAGGCUGAUUAUCAUGAAUAUAAUUAAUUUCCAUCCUUUGCGUUUGUAUAAAAGAAUAUAUUAAUAAGUCGCUAGUAUGAAAGAGGUUUAUGAUAUAUUGUAUUCAGGUGUUUGGCAUCGUGCGCUUUUGAGUUUUCGGACGAACACCGCGGCUCAUACCGGGUGUAAAAACCCGUGAGAAGUCAACACAAUAGAGCCAAGGAAAAUAAUAGCCAGAAAACAAAGAAAAACUUCAGAAGUUUUUACAUCAAGGAUGACCCAACACUGCGGGGACCAGCACUUAAGUAUCUUGUCCGCCUUUAUAGAGAGUCAAAAAAGUGACUGAGGUACGGCAGGGCCAACGCCAGGUGUCCAGUUCAAGGAGAUGACGGUCUUAUGGAAGUGUCCAUUGAGAGAGAAUGGACUGUAUCUAUUGAAUUGAAUGCGGGACAAUCUCAUUAGCAGAUGUUUAGGAAACAGGGGAUUAAAACAUCCCUACUAUACUACUAAUAUGAACGUUACGAUUUUGAUAUGGAGUCAUCCCACGCGCCCAGGAUCUGUCUUCACUCGGUGCGAAUGUAUCACUUGAUUUACGUUAGUAGGUAGCCUGAGCCUGAUUGUAAGCUGUACGCUGGAAAUGAGGCGUAACGAGGCUAAAAAGUUUUGUUUCGUUUCUCACUUGCAACUUUUCUGGUAGACAAAGGGGUAAUGCUUGCUACCCGCAUUGUAUCAUCAUACAGUCGAAGGGAGUCUAAUCGCCGAGUAGUGCCAUGGCAAACAGCAGCUCUUCUGCAGCUUACUGUGCUGCAAUGUUCCACAACAAGCUGCAAUUUAUUAAUGCUUCGGUAGUAAAGUCGAUAGUGCUUUUUAGGCAGUGAGGGUGUAGUAAUGUACCAUUCAUUUCUUGAGCAAAUUAAAAUGCUCUGUUUUCAUUUUUUUGUAGCCAGACUCAUGGCAACGACAACAAUAGAACCCGACAGUGACUUGGAGCAGAUGAGGGCUUGGAUCGAGCGGUUUAAAGAGGAUGAAGAGGAGGAGGUACGCUUAAGUUCGUUGGUACUGACGGGGGAAGGUAUAUUAGGGCACGUAGUCCCCGCCUUGGUGGUCUAUCUCUCGUAGGGGAAGAAUUGUUAUGGGCUCACAGUAUUUGGCACCACGCGCUGUUGCGAUGACCGUACCAAGAAUUGGCGAACCAAUGAAGUAAAAGCGUUCGUCAACGGGGUCAACAUUUUUGACGAUAGUCGAAUAUAUCAGUGUUUGUCAGUGUUCCAUUUCGUUCUUGUAUUGAUGGCGAUGUAACAUUCCUCCAAAUUGAAGACGCCUUGGAGUUACUGCAGAAGUAUUCUUUCGCCAUAUUAGAUUUAUCUCCACCAUCGCAAGAAAAAAAAGGGGGGAAUAGUCUUUCAAACUCCCAUCUACUUUUGCAUGGAUGAUUUUCUACUGUGUGACGAUCCUACCACACUACUGAAAGUCCUUGAUUUUGACAAGAUCGUCGAGAUCAAGUGCUUUUUGUAACGGGAGGUCAUCUUGGUUUCAUAUGUAUCGAGAGGGCGUGCGUCGGGGUUUAUAGUGGCGCGUGUCGGGGAAGGAGGCGCUUCUUCCAAACUCAACGCCCGGCUAAGUAGAUUGAUACUCUUGAAACCAAGAUGGCCGCGCGCUUCAGUAGGCGAUUGAUCUCAACGAUGUUAAGGUGAUGUUACACGGGACGAUUCGCAACGACGAUUUUUAGCGCAACACAGCGUUGCAAUGUUGGAACAAUGUUGUAACCACUCGAAACAAUGUCGCAACAAUGUUUCCACGCUGUGUUGCGCUAAAAAUCGUCGUUGCGAAUCGUCUCGUGUAACAUCACCUUUAUGGAAAACAGAGGACUGUGAACAAACUGCGGUUCCACUGACUUGCCAGUAAACUCUAUAUUCUUUCUGGACAAGAGGUGCCAAAGACAUCUGCUUUAACGCGGCUGCGAACCUUGAGGUAACCGUUGUUUUGUUUUUACAUCCACUUAGAAAUCGCCUUUGUCAGAUGAGUGGUGCUUUUUAGACAGUGAGUAUUACUUACGUUGUUUGUUGAUUUUCGUGGAUUGUCGCACAGGAAGCUGUGUACACUAGUUUAUCAUUGUGCCUUGGAACAAAAAUGUUUAUAUUCUGUUUGGCCUAGAAGCAAAUCUCUUUUAAUGCAAUGGAAAGGUUACUCGAUCCUAUGCUACAACCUUGCAUUCUCUGCCUCAAGUCUAUGUUUUUCCUCAUUUCCUGUGAUUUGUAUACUUUUGGUGAUAUUUCGCACCUUUUUGAUGUUGGUAUUUAGUUAAUGCUUUUCAGUUUCAAAUUUGUCACUUAAAAAGACAUAACUUCAUCGACCAGUAGAUGUAGUUUGGUGGAUUAUGUGGUGAACCUGAUUUUUUUCUUUUUUUAUUUUUUUCUCUGUAGCUACAUAUCCUGACAGAGUUUAUCGUGUCGAUGUAGCCCAGGUAUCAAACGUUUUCUGUAUCGUCAGCUUCGUUUCUUUCAACGCUUUGACUUUAACUUCAUUUUUCUUUAACCUCUUUAUUUCCUCAUUGUUUUCUUCAGGAGAAAAUCUACAAUGUAGUGGAUAUUCUAGAGGAUGGAAUAUUUAUUGUCGACUUAAAGGAUGAUUCGAUAAAGUAAGAAACUCCCUCGACUCGCAUUACAAAAGGCGGAGUAUGAAAGUGACAUAUUUAACAUGCAUUAAUACGUUAUUUUUCAAAUAUCUUCCGUUUCUUUUUUCUUGUCAUAAAGCUUAGUUGCAAGCAUUAUCCCUUGUUAAAGGAGCACUUAUUUCUUAUAUCAAAAAUAUGUUAUGAUACUUGGGUAUUUUCUUAUGAUAUUUUGGUAUUUUUGCUCCCAACUGUACUGCCUUUCUCUGUUAACAGCCUUGAUUUUUAUCUAUUUUUUUAAAUAUUUUAUUACGAAUGACAAGAGGAGCCCGAAAUUCUAAUCUCCAGCUGGACCCGGUUGUUCGAAGGUCGAUUAGCGCUAACCCGAGGUUCAAUUUUAAUCCCGGUUUCAUUUCUUUCGUUCAGAAGCAGUUUCUAGAAUAAUUUCGCUAUUCUAUUCAGAGUAUCCGAUCAUCAAAUUAUAGGCAAAAAGAAUUAAACUGAAUUUGCUUUUUUGAGCUUUCAUAUCUGAAUUCAAAUUUCACACUAACCGUGGGUUAUCUAAAUCGAACUUUGAACAACCCGGCGCUGGUUGCUAUUACGCAUGCACGGCACGUAUAAGGCAGUUUCGUUUGGUCUUCCACUAAGAAUGCAGAGAAUGCACAAAACACAAUCUGAUCACGCUCGUUUGAACCUUCUAUCACUCGUAAUCUGAUCGCGCGUGUUUUGACCAUCUAUCGCCCGAAACGUACGCAAAUCACAGCGUUAAAGCAUGAUCGUUUUGUCCUUUGGUCGUUGCCGCCCGCACUUCGUAACCUUUGGUUAUUACUGGUGUUGUUUUGUGGGUGUAGAGGGUAUUGUGGACGAUGGAAGGUUCCCAGUGUCAUAUAUAACAUUUUAGAAACGAGGCCUCCACCACAAAUCAAAGUGUCCAUCUUCGAGAACAUCUAUUGUGGCUACCCCUAUGAAAAGAAAAAUAUUGCAAAGGCGAGGAAACAAUUACACGAAAAACGGUUUAAUUUUUUCCAGAAAACAACCCAACAAUAAUAAUAACAACACUGGCAAUUCAAUUCCGCGCCAAAGACCGUUGUCCGUCCCUGGAAUACCUUUGUCCAGCAGGCCUACUCCCAUACCCGAUGCCGGCCGGUCAGUGUUUACUCUACCCCCUCCCCGGAGACAUAACAGUUCGCUUGGAUCCAGUCCGUCCGAGAGCGUGGAGGAGAUUUUGGAAACGACAGUUAUGACUCCUUUUUCAGCGUAAGUAAUUUCUAACUGAUCAGGUACCUAAAAACAACCGACUUAAUGGUUGAUAAUGUGCUUGUCAACGUCUUCUAUUUCCUUUGCUUAAUGAUUGAUUUCUGGAUUAUCUAAAAAAAAACUUAACAAAAGGAAGGGUAAAUACGCACGAGACUCACAGGGAGUUUUCGCUGAAGGGAAAUUUUGUUGUGCAAAUUAAAUGGAAGCGAAAAUCUCUCGUCUUUAUCGCAUGCACCCUUUAUAUUUAGCGGGUAGCCUAAAAAAGACCGGAAAGAAUUGGUUGUGCCGCAUAGUACAUCAAUUUUUGGCCCUUCUUUUUAUAGGAAAGAGUUCAAAUUGCCCUUCCCCGACGUAGAUGAAGCGGAUACCAUUUGGUGAGUAAAACUUUUACCUGUUGUAAGGGUGUUUCGAUCAAAUCAGUAAUAGGUAUUAUUAUAUAUCACAAGUUACAGAGCAAACCUAACCAAGUGCUAUAUUUUUUGAAAAACAGUAAUUCAAUUACUGAGUGAUUCAAUUCGUUAAUUUUUGUUCUGCUCAUCGUUUUGUUCGUUAUGUGGUUAUUGUACUGAUACCCCUCGUUAAUUUCCCUUGCAAGCUUUACCACUAAUUCUGUGUGCGAAGGACAGUACUUCUCAUUUCUUGUCGCCCAUCAGUAGUAGUGUAGGUGGUUGUCAUAACGAUGAAUCCUGCAGGCGUAGGAGGUAUCGCAAAAGAAUUAUUUUACUUCAAGGAAGAGUUGCAGCGCAAAGUUUUCAACUAUGUCUUAAAGUAUCUCUGGUUUUUCCUGCAGGGUUAAGAACGAAAUAGUAAAGCGGAAUGAACAAAGUGAGUAGAGUUCUUAAAUGUAUUUUGAUGAUUUUAAUUGUAGUUCGAUGUUGGAAACUAGAAAGAAAAAUACUCUUUUCGAAAUUUCUUCAAAUUGAUAAAAGACUCAGGUUGUCAGUUAUUUCUUCCACUUCUAAAAAUCCUCGUAGAAGGUACGAUUAUAUAGUUGAAGGUUUGUCCUUCACGUCACUGGAAUGGUAAUGCUCAGUAGUGUUUUUGGUUCUUUGUUUAGGCAUGAUCGAGGCUUCUAAGAAUGGCGACCUAGAUAAGGUGAGAUCGUCUUUGGUGGAAAUAUUUUUCGUCAAUAGACGUGUUAUUGUAAACGUUGUCUCGUAACUUUAUUGAAUUCAAGUAAUUUGCGUACGUUUUCUGUCACGCGUUUCCGUGACAUUUCAAGUGAUAGCUGCAUGCAUAGCAAAGAAAUACGUAUCAUACUGACGUUUUUACAUGUUACAGACCAAUGUAAAUUUUCGUCAUUUUACCUAAGGUUGGCCAAGCCAGCCGAGAAACUUCUAAUCUUCUUUGUUUCGACCGUUGCAUGUUUUCAUUGAAACAUUGUGGAAUCAUUUUAUUAGGUAAUGGAGCUACAUCGAAGUGGUACGAGUUUGUCAGCUGGUGAUCACAGGGGAUGGAGACCUCUUCACUAUGCCGCACGACAUGGCCACAAGGAAGUGGUCAGAUACAUCAUCUCCAAUGGUAUGAUGAAAAUCCAUACAAUAAAAUUAAGACAGACUCCAUCAGGAAAUUGAGUAGUUUUAACUUUCCUUGUACCAGAAUAAUUUAAAUAAAAUCGCAUUCUUUUUUUUUACUUUUUUCGAGGGCUAUAGAUGUACAGUCAACCCUCUCUAAGACGGACAUCUUUGGGAACGGCACUAAGUGUCCGUCUUAGAGAGGUGUCCGUCGUAUAGAGAGUCAAAUAAAAGGAGUAAAGAAAGGCAGGGACCAACUUUAAGUGUCCGUUUUACAGAGGUGUCCGUGUUAUAGAGGUGUCCGUUAAGAGAGAGUCGACUGUAAUUAGUGAUCUGUAAUAAUACCAUCAAAGAAAAUUUCUUAUUAUAUACAUACUGAGAAAUACUCACCAAAAAGCUAUGUCGUAAAUUUUCGUACGCAAAUGAGUUCUAGCCAAUCAGAGGAGCGAACGAUGGUUUUCACACGUGAAAAAAAUGAUACGUCCAAUCAGAAUCGCGAACGAUGUUUUUUCACGUGUGAGAAAAAUGAUACGUCCAAUCAGAAGCCACAGAGGUGUGUGAGUUUCGCGCCAAAAUCCCCGCCUUUUAUUGCAGCUUGCAGCGCCGCUUCGCACACAUUCAACGAGAAAAGUUUUACUCAAAGAGUUUUUCUCACUAAAAAAGUGAAAAACAUUUCGGAAAAUGGAGUGGAAUAGUUUCGUUUGUUUCACUGUCGAUAAAGAAAACGGUAGACAGCCGGCGAAACAACAGCGGAAAGGGAAAAACAGAACGAGACGUAAGCUUUUGUUGUGCUUUUUGUCGGAGCUACUUUGCCUUCAUUUAAGCUUAAGCUUAUAUUGAAACCGGCCAUUUUAUUACCAAAAAUUAGAGCGGUAAGUGUGUAGCCAAAUUUUAGCAUUUUUGAAAAUUUAAAAAAAAAUGUCGCCAAAAAUUUCACUAAAAAUGACAUCGUACACGUGAAAUCUUUUUCACUCGUUCGAUUUUUUACCUGUGUUUUCGCAAUUCUUGUGAAAUUUGACAUUUAUUUAAAAUUAAAUGGCAGGUCUGUCUCCGUAUUGUCUUGUGACUUUACACUUUUUACCUCUUACUGGUCAUAAUUUGUUGUUGGCAUAUUACCAGUCUGAGGAUAUAUAUUUGGUCCUUUAUUACGCUUGGGUCCAAAUGUUAUUACAGAUGGGACCUUUAUUACACUUGGGUCCAGUUAUUACACUUGUGCCUUCUUCAGCGGAUUACAAGUCCAGCUCCCUACCCGCUCGGCCUCGCUGCUUCCAUUCAAUUGUCUGCAUGUUACUAGGCGCUAGUUGUAUAAAACUUACCGCCAGAUCUUAACGCAAGCGUCCAUCGUUAAAGGGAAGAGUGAGUGAGCUUAAUGGUAAAUAUUAGCAGCAUGCACCAUACACCAGACUGCUGCUUGUUUCCCGAUAACACAGGAACGCCACCAUAUCAUAAGCAUCAUAAGCAUCAUAAGUCGGACGAUUUAGAUAGCACGACCAGAUUUCCUUAACCAGCAGUUCUGAAAGCAAAACAUAGAUUUGGUGGCAAUGCUCAUUCCCGCAGGCACAGAGCCCUGCUUGAGGGAGGUCGUUGCUACAAAAGGAUUUUCUAUAGAUUCGACUCCCCGGUCAGUCAUAGUCUUUUCUCACUGCACGUCCUAGUACUGCAUAGUAUUCAUCGAGCGUUUCUGAUCAUCUGUUGUUUCUUCCUUAUUCAGUUCCCCGAUGUGUAUUGGAUCUUGUAGAUGAAGAAAGGUAAAUAUGCUAAAGUUGAUGAUGCAACUUAUGACAGUGCGGCCAGUCUGAUGAGUUUAUUUUUGGGGGGUAAGGGAGAACUUCCUCCUCCCCUCCCCCCACCCUCAACGAUAACCGCAUUAUUUAAGUAAAGAAUAACCAUUCGUUGUUUAGUAUAAUAUUAUGAAGAUUUUGAGCAGUUAUCUUACUGAAGUUUAUGAUCCUCACCGUUCUUGUUUUGUCUCUUCGUUGCAGAGGUCAAACGGCUCUUCAUAAAGCCGCGCUGUACGAGCGACGCACAAUAUGCUCGCUGUUAGUUCAAGCAGGAGCGUCCCUCACGAGGACAGAUUAUGAUGUAAGCUAAUAACAGACAUGACUUAGUAAACGAGGUCGUUUUAUUUCUUAUAAAUCUUUUUGUCGGAACACAAGUCUAGAUGAAGGAACGGAAAUUCAUCGUUGUGUGUUUACGUCUUCCAUAAAACGUGGCACUAAUUUCAAAUGAAAGUAUUCGCAUCGGUCAUAUAGGCUGUUGAUGUGCAAAAAAAGACAAAUUGCUAAAAGAUGAUCAGUUGUGAUAUCACAUAGAUUUAAAAUGACGGCAAACCAGGAAAUAAGCGUGUGUUCAGACGUCACAGAUGAGGCUAAAAAAUUAAUGAAAGGCCUCACACCAAAGGGAAAACUUUCAUUUUACGGAAUACGUCAACGGGAAAUAAACAUACGUACGUGCUACAUUUAAACUUUCUUAAACUUAUAUAAAAUAACGGGAAACGCCCACGUUUAAAAACAGAAAACAAACAAACCUGGGGUGAUAGAAAAUCGAAUCGUGGAAUCAAUUUGUUUUAGCAGAGAAAGUAAACUUAAAGAUUUUCUGUGCUAAAAAGGCUUGACUGGGUUUAUUUUUUUUGUUUAUAAACGGUUUUUCCUUUUAACAUUCAUUCUAAUAUUCUUUUGCUGCUUUGUUUUUCUCCAAAAGGGCAACACGCCAAGAAUUCAAGCUUUGAAAGCUCAAGAUAAGGAACUUGCCAAGUACCUUGAAAGUACGUAAUUUAAGAAAUAUUGUUUAAGAGCUGAAACACCAUAUCAUCAGGUUAAUUUACAUCAAGUUUUAAGCAAUACACCCGUAGAUCAUCUUAUCCAUGGCACCCGCCACGUUUGUACGACCAUCGGAAAAGGUGAAAUGAAAGAAAGGGUGGUCUCUCAAGAGGAAAACAGGUAAUAAAAAUCUGACAAUACCAACAAUUGAGAUAUCAUAUUUAUUUCUUCCUCCUAUACCGGAAAACACUUAAAGUCAAGAAAAAUUUAUAGGAAGUGUUUUGUCAAGUUUUGGUUAUGAUUGUGCCCUUGUGGUCCACCAGUUCGGUCCACCGGGAUAUAGUUUUGACGCUACAGGUUUUCUCUGUUUGUUUCCUAGAUGAAAAAAAAAAAAAUUGACGGCGAUCACUUGAUAAUGGUUUAUGCUAUUAUCAGCCGUUCUCCUCCCCUCUCGCCAAUUUUAAUUUUAGAACUCCUAACAAGCAAAACAUUAUUAAUAACAACAUCAAAUCUCUUGAGCUAUCACCGUAGGAGACUAAACACUAGGGACUUUAAGAUAGGUCACUACGGUAGGCUGGGACGGUUGGAUGCGUAUACGGGCGGCCUGGGGCCAUGACGGUAAGAAGCCGCGAAAAAUUUUCAAUUUAAGAUCGGACAACAAAACAGAGGACGGUGAAGUCAUGUGCGAAACUCGGUUGUUAUUUCUUUCGCAGAAGGCUCAAUUACUGAAGAAGAGUUUCUUGUUUUAUACGAAGAAUACCAAUCAGAAGAAUAAGGGUACAAAUUAAAGCUAGCUAGCUAGUUUUCAAAACUGUAGUCGAUGUUUUUAUUUGAACUUUCCUUUCCUAAGCCUACUCCUUUUGAGUUGAAGAAAUCUUUUCUUGAUAAAAAAUGCAGUUUUAAGUUAUAAAAAGACGGCUACAAUCAUCACUGUUAGGCCCAGUUGAAACGUCGAACUUCUCAUGUGCCGAAACUAAAGCACAAAUUACUAAAAUUUAUUUUCACUUGUUUAAAGCAUUCUAGACCAUUGAACAUCCUGAAAAUGAAUCGAGUUCGACUACACUUUAAGUUCGACGCCUGAGUCAACCUCGAACCAUUUGGGUCGACCUAAACAGGUAUUAAGUUCGGUACAUGAAAAGAUGAACAUUUGAACUGGGCCUUACCUUUCUUUUCGGCAAUUUUCCUCUGCCAUUGCGGACGACACUGGAUAGAACAAGCAGUCGCCAUGCGGCCGCGAGCUAAGUUAUGAAUGAAAUCAGACAUUUUCGCUUUUUUUUUCAUUUCACCGAUAUGUAAAUCAAUGUAAACACAAGCCAACGCGUAUUUAACCCAGUGGCUACUCACUUUUAGAAGAAAAGUGACAAUAAGUAUGCAUGAACUCUUAUCGGUUUCACCGUUGUCUUCACGACGAGAAACCCGGCGAAAACAUACCGUCCCAGAAGGAUGACGGUAAAAGGUCACGCGUUUUUUGCGUGACGUCACAUCUAUCUAACCGUCCCAGGCGACCGUAGUGACCUAUCUUAAAGUCCCUAUUACAUCUCUUCUCCUGAAGUGGCUCUUACCAUUUUCUUUUUGUAUUUUAGCUCAAGAGCACCUACAGAUUAUCGCAGCUGAAGAUUACGAGACUGCCGUGUAAAAAGUAAUAAUUCAGACUGGCUCUGAUAUGAUAGGAGAAGAGGAAGAAGAAACAAUUCCUCGGUAACCGGUCAAGUCGCCCUAAUGUCAUCUCGCCCGAAAGCAAGAGUCAAGUCGCCCGAAAUGCUGAGUUAUGUCGUUUGAAAUUUUAAUAAAGAGUGUAUACAACAUCUCGUUCUUUAAGCGAUGACGGGAUCAAAGAAGCGCGACAAAUAAGUAAAAUAUCUCGUUCUUUAAAAUUGUUGAGACGAAAAAAGCGCUGUAAAGAUGUUAGGAUGUUUUUGAGCAUGAUGAAAUUUCAGACGACAUAACCCAGCAUUUCAGGCGACUUAACUCAAAAAUUUUGGCGACAUAACUGGAUUCGUGCGACAUAACUUCGGGUAAGAUGACUUUCGGGUGACUUGACCGUAAACCCAAUUCCUGUACAGAAAGAAACUAGGAAUAAAUCUAUAGCUCAUUAUUUUUUAAAAGUAAUAGUUUAUUAGCUAAUAUCCAGCGCUAGUUUGCAUCGAUUUGUAGUUGAUACAGAAUUUAAGAAUAUAUAUAACUCGUUAAAAUAAAUUAAUCGAGAAAGAAAUGGCACGAAAAUGUGCUUAUUAAGAAAUGAAGUUCACCGAUGUCACGAAGAAUAAUUUUCUGGGUCAACAUUGUAUUUGUUGCCCUUGGAGAUCCCAGUUUCUCCUUUGAAUUUGUAUUAUUUCUGAUAUUGUUUUUUUAUAUUUUCUUUGUUUCAUUUGUUUCAAAUGGAAUGAUUCCUUCAGUUGUUUCGGAAUGCCGUGUUCAAGUUCUCUCUUUUUGUACCGAGAAAAUGCCCUGUCCACAAGAAUAUUAAUGCGGACAGUUAUAAAACCGUGUAUUUAAAACAGGCAAUGGAAGAGUAUUACAACAUCGCCUUAAGUAAUUACGACUGUGAAAAUCCCCGCACUUUUAAG